AUGUACUCCAGCAAAGGGGGCUCCAGUUUUAAUCCAGGUAAUGAUGCCGUGACAUGCGUAGUGAAAAGCAGAAAGCUCACGGCUAUUGUUGGCCAGCAUGGCCUGGACGAAGAUGAUGGAGGAAAAGUGAGUUUGGAAGAUUAUCGGCCUAUCGACCCUGCCCCAAGCUCAAAGGCAUCAAUUAGACCGGCACCUGUCCAGCACGGUUCUCCUCUAUUGCCUUACAUCCCAAAAACUUGUCCUCCUCCAAAGCACGGUGGGUAA